UGAUGAAUGAACGGGAUCACUCCUCGCAAUCCCGUCAGUCGGUUUAGUCAAUGCUGAGAGUCAAGCUGAACCAGUCUGCAAAUUGGUAAAGCUAUCCACACGACUAAUUAAUUGUAAACAUUCCAAAAGAUUGUCAUUAAUUGAAAAUGCCUGCACCAGCCAGCUCGACGACGGUGGGAGCGGGUGGAAAGUCACCUCGAGGGGGUGGGGGAGGUGCUCCUCGACCAGCCGGUGGCAGCAGCACCGUUCGUCAACGUAAAACGACAUCAACCACAGCGGCGAGAACCGCACGACCUCCAGCAGCCUCAACCGGCUCAAUGUGGCGAUUUUACACUGAUGACUCUCCUGGAAUCAAAGUUGGACCAGUUCCCGUUUUGGUGAUGUCACUCCUGUUCAUUGCUUCCGUUUUCAUGCUUCACAUCUGGGGAAAAUACACUCGCUCAUAAACUCUCCGGUUGAAGAUAAUUCCUUUUGUAAUGAAAUGAUAAUAUAUAUAUAUAUAGCGAUUAUAAACAUUAUAAACAUAUUCCUCAGAGUUUAAACUGGUGUGCAAUUCGAUUAUAAUACCGACAUUAAAAAUUUUGAUAAUAUUUCCGUUA